AUGAGCGUAGCGCUGCAGGACCUCCGGAACACCAUGUCCAGCUAUAAGCGAGCUACGUUGGAGGAGGACGACGGGUUGGACGCUCCAGGCGAGGCAGCCUCGUCUCCCGACCGAGUAGAGGUGGGUUUCCGGAAGGGAGGCGUGGACAUUCUGGGCCGGAGGACACAGCUGGAGGUUCUUCUGUCGGUUCUGCUGCUGGUCGCCCUGCUGGCUCUGCUGGCCUGUUUGCUGGUCCUGGGUCUAGGAUUCAGCUCAGACAGUGGGCGGGGCCUCUGCCUGUCGGAGGCGUGUGUCACGGUGGCGAGUCAGAUGGUGGAGGCCAUGGACCGCAGCGCCGAUCCCUGCAGCGACUUCUACCAGUUUGCCUGCGGAGGAUGGAUGAGGAAGAACCCGCUACCAGAUGGACGGUCCAGGUGGUCCACCUUUAACAGCAUCUGGGAGCAGAACCAGGCUCUGCUCAAACACCUGCUGGAGAACGGGACCUUUAAUGGCAGCAGUGAGGCGGAGAAGAAGACUCAGUUCUAUUAUCUGUCGUGUCUCAACACCCAGAGGAUCGAGGAGCUCGGGGCGCAGCCUCUAGUAGACCUCAUCGCCAAGAUCGGCGGCUGGAACAUGACGGGUCCGUGGGAGAAGGAGAACUUCAUGGAGGUUCUGAAGACUGUCUCUGGUCCCUACAGAGCUCAGCCCUUCUUCAGUGUCGGAGUCAACGCUGAUCCCAAGAACUCCAACAGCAAUGUCAUCCAGCUCGACCAAUCAGGCCUCUUCCUGCCAUCCAGAGACUAUUAUCUCAACAGGACGGCCAACGAGAAGGUACUGGUGGCGUACCUGGACUACAUGGUGGAGCUGGGGACACUGCUGGGGGGGGACAGGAGCUCCACCCAAAUUCAGAUGCGGCAGAUCCUGGACUUUGAGACAGCGCUCGCCAACAUCACCGUCCCUCAGGACCAGCGGAGGGACGAGGAGAAGAUCUACCACAAGGUUACCAUCUCCGAGCUGCAGCUUCUGGCUCCAUCCGUGGAGUGGCUGGACUACCUGUCUUACUCUCUGUCCCCUCUGGAGCUCAACGACACUGAGCCCGUCGUCCUCUAUGCCAGAGAGUACCUGCAGCAGGUUUCCGAGCUCAUCAACAAGACAGAGCGCAGUCUGUUGAAUAACUACAUGAUGUGGACGCUGGUUCUGAAGAGUGUGGCGAGUCUGGAUCAACGCUUUGAGAACGCUCAGGACAAACUACUGGAGAGCCUGUACGGGACCAAGAAGUCCUGCACCCCCCGCUGGCAGACCUGCAUCGGGAACACAGACGACACGCUGGGCUUCGCUUUGGGGGCGCUCUUUGUGAAGGCCACCUUCGACAAGCACAGCAAGAAGAUUGCUGAGGAGAUGAUCAACGAGAUCCGCUCUGCCUUUAAAGAAGCUCUGGACCGACUCAACUGGAUGGACGAUCACACGAAACGGGCCGCUAAGGACAAGGCUGAUGCGAUCUACGACAUGAUCGGUUUCCCAGAAUUCAUCUUGGACCCCAAAGAGCUGGACGACGUGUUUGACGGGUACGACGUGUCUGACGACAGCUUCUUCCAGAACAUGUUGAACUUCUACAACUUCUCGUCCCGAGUUAUGGCCGACCAGCUGAGGAAGACCCCCAACAAGGACCAGUGGAGCAUGACUCCUCCUACAGUGAACGCCUACUACAUGCCCACAAAGAACGGCAUCGUUUUCCCUGCUGGGAUCCUACAGGCGCCUUUCUACUCCCAUGACCACCCGAAGGCGUUGAACUUUGGCGGCAUCGGGGUGGUGAUGGGUCACGAGCUCACGCACGCCUUCGAUGACCAGGGUCGCGAGUACGACAAAGAGGGAAACCUAAGAGCGUGGUGGCAGAACUCGUCGGUGGAGGCGUUCCGCCAGAGGACCGAGUGUAUGACGGAGCAGUACAACCGCUACACCGUCAACGGGGAGCACGUCAAUGGAAAGCAGACGCUGGGGGAGAACAUCGCCGACAACGGGGGGCUGAAGGCGGCCUACCACGCGUACCGGUCGUGGGUCCAGAAGAACGGGGAGGAGAAGAGGCUCCCCGCCGUCAACCUCACCAAUGACCAGCUCUUCUUCCUCGGCUUCGCGCAGGUGUGGUGUUCGGUCCGAACGCCGGAGAGCGCCCACGAGGGCCUGGUGACCGACCCGCACAGCCCCCCCCGCUACCGGGUCAUCGGCACGCUCGCCAACUCCCCCGACUUCAGCCGCCACUUUGCCUGUCCCGCCGGGACGCCCAUGAACACCGGGCGGCGCUGCGAGGUCUGGUAG